UUGAGGAGGUGCGGACUUCUUGUUCGGGGCCCUCGUGAUGAGCAAAAUAUAUGGUUGAUGACACCAACAGCUGAGGUGGUGAAAAUGAAGUCACUUUCCCUCUCCUAAGUAUCGAGUCAUAAUACUAAUUUACACUUCCUACUCUGCAAUAUGACAUUCUUAUUAAACUAUAUUCAUUUAAAGAUCCUCAUCAUAUUAAAAGACUAACAAAAGUCUUUUAAACUAUAUUCCCUGUUUUAUAUAUUAUAAAUAAUACUACUGUUGUGGUCAUUCCCUUGCUUUUAAUCUUACCAGUUUACUGUCUAUCUUAAUUAAAAAUGUGAUAACUUGGACAAACAUCUACCAAGUCAGUUCCUUAGGGAAACAUUUAGUUGAAUCAUUGUACUGCAAAAAAAUUGUUUGAAAAAUUGGUUGAUCUUAAGUAGUAAUUGGUAUCCCUGAAUUCUGAUCUAUCAAAUCUGACUUUUACCUAGUGCGUUUUUCAUGAGUUUGACGUUUAGACUAGAUAUCGGUAGGUGUUUUACAGGAUACCCAAGGGCAUUCAUAACGCUAAAACCUAGUGGGAACAUGACGUUCUAAAUCCUCAUAAUCACAUGUUAGUCCUUGGCAUCACAAAGGUUUGAUAUCCAGAUUACCCACAAAGUCCUCGUAAGGUGACUCAAAAUUCACUUUAGAUACCUGCAAAAUUAUACAUGGAAUACCUUACACUUUUCAAUUCCGCAUCGUCAACAAAGGGACUUCUUGAGCUUGUGGAGACUAUUUCCCAGUCGGGUUUAUUUAGUGCCAUCUUUUGGAAUACAUGGGAAUAUCAGAACUUUGUCUAGUACUACUAAUGUGAUUACAAAUGCUAAUUUGGAUGCUCCCGCUGGAUCAAAGCACUUUUUAGGCCUAGGGUUUCAUAAAGAACUCCCAAAGGCUUGUUAUGGUGGCCGCCAUACUGUUGCAAUGCUUCUCGGGGAUGGUGUAGGACCCGAACUUCUAUCAUACGUCAAAGAAGUUUUCCAAGUUAUUGGAGCUCCAAUAGAUUUUGAGGAAGUUGCCGUAAAUCAAGAAUCUGAAGAUGUUACAUUUACUGAUGCUCUACUUGCUAUGAAACGCAAUGAUGUUGGAAUCAAAGGAAAUUUUGCCACAGAACCAGGUCAAUCGUCAAGAAAUGUAGCUCUCCGUUUAAACUUAAACUUAACACAUCUGAUAGUCAAGAAAGUCUUGGAGUCGAAAUUUAAAGGCGAGAGUAAACAAGUUGGGCAUGGAGAAAAUAAUGAAGCUAAGUGA